CUUGCGAUCAUUUCCUGUCAGAAAACAAGAUGGCUGCCCGCUAUCCGCCGACGGCAUCUUUAUUUACGUUCGUCGCUUUAGGUUUAAAACAGGUUAAGACGGGCUUUUUAAACCCUCCAAAACAUACAUAAAUGUACCAAAUUAAUCGGGGUUUCGGCAGGCAAGUUCACACUUUUUUUCUCUAGACGCUGUUUGGUAGCGACGGGCAGAGUUUUCAUUCUGAAUGACUGAGCUGUGAAGCCAGGUGAGACAGUCUUGGUCAUUAGCUGCUUGUUGGCGAGUUUAUUCAAAAAUAUAUUAAUAAAUACAUUUUAAGACACGUUUACGAGUUGCUAUUAUGUUUAGCCCCGUCAAGUCAUCUUAUUUCCGCGUCAGUCCGGCAAUUGUCAACAGAGAACUGGGAAAGACCAAAAUCAAAAUGAGAUAGCAACAGGUGGCCUGGGCGCGUUUACACGGGCGGCGAAGCCGAAACCAAACUAAACAAACAAAACGUCAUGUUUGGGAAUCUUUUUGAGGAGGCGGAGGGGGGUGAAGAUGGCUUCUCCUCUCCUUCUGCUUACUCUGCCAAGGUGGGAGAUGAGCCCCCGGCUCCCCGAGGAAGGAGCAAGCUAUGCGGCAUCAAGAACCAGGGAGGGACCUGCUACCUCAACUCUCUGCUGCAGACCCUCCUUUUCUCCCCUGAGUUCAGAGAGGAGCUGUUCAGUUUGGGGACGGAAGAAUUGGGAUGUCUUGAGGACAAGGACAAAACGGGGACCAAAGUCCGAGUGAUCCCACUGGAGCUGCAGAGACUUUUUGCUCGACUUCUGCUGGUGGACCAGCAGAGUGCCUCCACUGCUGACCUCACUGACAGCUUUGGCUGGAACAGCAGCGAGGGAACAAACCAGCAUGACGUGCAGGAACUCAACCGCAUCCUCUUCAGCGCUUUGGAGCACUCUCUUGUUGGCACCUCCGGGAGCACACUUAUCCACCGCCUGUACCACGGCACCAUCGUCAACAGCAUCGUCUGCAAGGAGUGCGGGAACGUCAGCCAGAGACAGGAGGACUUCCUGGACCUGACGGUGUGCGUGUGCGGUGUGUCCAGCCUGGAGGCGGCUUUGUGGAACAUGUUUGUGGAGGAGGAGUUGUUUGAAGGCAAUAAUCUGUACCGUUGUGCGCUGUGUGACAGGCUGGUCACUGCUGCCAAGUCUGCCAAGCUGCAGAACCUCCCGCCCUUUAUAACCAUGUCCUUACUGAGAUUCAGCUUUGACUUUGCUAAAUGCGAGCGGUACAAGGAGACUGGACGCUACAGCUUCCCCCUCAGCAUCAACCUACGACCGUUUUGUGAACAGGCCGAUGGAGAUGACGCCGAUUACUCCUACGAGCUGUUCUCUGUGAUUAUCCAUAAGGGCGGCUGCUACGGCGGCCAUUAUCAUGUUUACAUCAGGGACAUUGACCGACUCGGCCACUGGGAGCCGCCGAAGGAUGACAACAAAAGAAAUACGCAGACGGACGUCAAGCAGAAGGUCAAGGACAUCCACGAGACCGAACUUAAUGAAAAUGACCCGUUGGGCAUCCUCAUGGCUAUUAUCUCACAGGAGCCUUCAAAGAGCGUCCUAUUUGACCAACUGGGCCAGAAAGUCAUGGAAAAGAUUGGUUCCUCCUGGAGUAAAUCUUUCAGGAAAAACUGUGGCUCCAUUGGCAAGUUCCUACAGUCACACAAUGAGGUUUUCAUGAUGGUAUCCAACGGUACUCGCGUGGCACUGAAGGCAAACCCGCCUAGCCCGAUCAUGAGCGAGCCCCCCGCACAAGUAGAUCCCUCCACGAAUGCUUGCCCAGAUAGUGUCGCUGUUGAUGGACCAAAGCCUGAGCCAGAGGGUGACCACUGGUUUGACUUAAAUGACUCCGCUGUGGCCUCCAUCAGAGUGUCGGACAUAGAGAAGCAGUUCCAGGGCAAAGAAAGUGCCUACAUGCUGUUCUACAGAAAAACACAGCUCUGCCGGCCCAGUGAAGCGCUCCGCUGUCCUGAAUACAAAGUUCCUCAUCACCUCAUACAGAUGGCAGAGACUGAGAACAUCAAACUGCAGCAGAUGCGGACGGAGUAUGAUGCCAGUAAUAACAGCGUUGAGCUUCGUCUCCACCUGGCGUCCUCUUACAGGCUAAUAAAUGGAGCUCUGCAGCCUCUCAGCAAAGAGCCCAAUGUAGCUGCCACACUCGCGUUUGAUCGCAGAAAGACUAUUGGAGACUUGCGGUUGGCUAUAUAUCAGGAACAGGAGUUAUGGGAAGGAGACAUGGCUCUGACUGUGGCCAAGAUGCUUCCAGCAGGCCUCCACCUGUACAAUACUCUCACAGAUGACAAUGUCUCGCUGUACAGUGCUGGCCUCCGUGCAAACUGUGAUUUAUUUGUUUGGAAUGGCCGAGAGGUAUGUGGUGCAGGUGUCCUAACCGGAGCAGAGUGGGAACCGGUGUUGCUAACAGUCGUCCGACCUUUUGGAGACCAGGAGGGGGAGGAGUUUGAAGAGGCCACAGGCAGUGUGGACAGCGGCGGGCUGAAAAAGGAGGCCAGAGCGUUUCCAGGCGGCGUCACCCUUGGGGAGUUGCGGGAGGCCCUGGGCCAGCCUGCCGAGAGUCUGCUGUGUCAGGAGCGCUCGGUGGCUAAAGUAGGAGAGCUUGGGGCGGGCGAGGGGGGCGGUGCUAGCGGAUGGCGAGUGUUCCCCCCUAAUGACAUGCAGCGGACUCUAAAGGAGCUGUUGCUGAAAGAUGGAGACGCUCUAUUGGUGCUGGAGCCGCAGUCAUUAGAAAGCAGCAUGUUCACGCUGAACGGAGACGUGAUCACCGUGACAACGCCAUCAGACUGUCGCUGGCUCCAAGUGGAGUUUCGACCACAUGGCGGCGGAGGAGGCGAUGCAAAUGAGAGGAUAGUCAAGGUUCCUGCAGCAGGAAAUAUGCUGCUGUGUGACGUGAAGCAGAGGGCCAUAGAGGAGCUGCAACUCCCAGAUGCACAGUACUGUCUGAGGCAGGUGGACAGCGCAGGGAAACUCCUUCCUCCAGUGUGCGAGGAGCUGAGCGUGCGGGACGCGGGCGUACGACUCAUGUCCACCGUGAUUCUUUGUCUGGGAUGCGCCCCUCAGGCCUCGCAGCUUUUCCUGCACUUCUCUGUGGGUGCAGCGCCCUCUGCUGGAAUAGAGAUGGACAUAAUUGUAAAGCGGACUUGCACUGUUAAAGAGUGUCUACACGCAAUGCUGGAUGCCGUUGGACUCGAAGGCACCUGUUGGCACUUGAGGAGGCUUGAUUGGUGCGAAGAGGUGGGAGAGGCACUGCUUGACGAGAAUGCUUUCUUGUCCGCUUUGAACAUAAACAAUGGAGAGAUGUUAGUCGUCGCAGAAGGACAACUUCCUCCAAAGGGUUUUGUUAAGCUGUCCAUGUGGCUCCAUCUGGAUGCGACGAGCAAGUUGACCAACAAGAUCCACGCAGAGGAACACACGGCGGCGCUUCAGCUCACGAGUGUGGGACAAGUGGAGAUAUGUAUGGAAGCCUCUCUGGAGGAUCUCAAAACUCAGGUGUUGACACUUCCUGCUCUCCAGAACAUGUGUGUACCUGCCGCCAGCUUCUUGCGCUUGUGGGAAAUGGUGGGACGGACACCAACUCGCAUCCUCAGAGGACACCAAGUCACACUCAGGAAGCUAAAGCUAAGUAGCAGCACAGAUCUUUGCAUUCAGCAGCUGCUGAAGGAGGAAGAUCUUGGUCCCAAGGAGAUACUGCUGAAUGUUAAAAUGGGUAUACCAGGCGAGCGGUCCUACUACUCUACAGAGGAGCUGAUUUGGGACGUGUCACGGGACUCGUCGCCUCGCAGCCUACGCACUUGUGUGGCUACACGCUAUGGCUUAUCUCCUGACGCUCUGCUGCUGGCUAAACAGCAUCCAGACAAACAUGUCUGGGAGGAAAUCAUCUCCAGCUGGAACCAGCAACUAUCCAAGAAGAAGAAGAAGAAAAAAACUGAAUCACUUUUAGGAGCACCGUUUCAUCUUAAAGAUGGUGACGUAAUUGGUGUUAAGAACCUUUUGAUUGACAACAAGGACUUCUACACGCAGGAGGACGAACAAGCCCAGCAGAGGCUUAGAGAGCAAACAGAACAACGAAGGAAAGGAGAGCAGGCUGAUGGAGAUUCGUACAAGGCCGGAGGAGACGAGAAGACUAAAUCGAAAAAGCCAGAAGUGGCGCUGUCAAUCAAUGUUGGCGUCUUCAGGUAGCACGACACUGCCUCUGGAGCUUGGACAUGUCUCUACUACCUGUAACCUACACGCACACACAGUCAGGUGCCAUGUUGCAUUUGGGACAAUCCUUUGGGCAUCCGGUGGCCAUUGUCCCCUCCCCCAAAUACUACACUUUAUAAUCUGUACUUAUUCCUAAAUCUUUACUGUUAUUAAUAUCAUGGAUAUCAAUCGCUUGUUUUCUCUUUUUUUUUUUUUUAUGUCAUGCUGACCCUCAGGAAAAAAGAACUUGUUAGGCUGAAUGCAGUACCUUGUUUCAUGUUUUUAAGAGCCUACAGGGAUGAUAUCCAAAAAGAUCAGGGUGACUUUUGUUAACCAGCCAAUGUGGACUUACAACUUUAGUUCUAUCAUUAUAAUCUUCCUGCUAGUGAUGGAUGAUGAUGUAAUUACGCACCAUUGAAUAUUAAAGGGGGAGAUAAGGGCCUUUUACAUUGAUUUGUAUCCUCCCUACCUCACAAUUUUUGCCUCUCAGUCUACCUCUGCUUUCCCCCUUUUUACUACACGGAACAACACAUUGAGAAGCAGCAAAAACAAAAAUCUGAUUCACUUGGGUUAAAUAAUCAAAUUGUGCAAUUUGAGAACAAAACUCAUUUUUAUAACCUUAAUGACAGUUAAUGCACAGAUAUGUGUGAAAAGACCUUGUAUUUAAUAUUGGGGAUUGAAAUGUUUUUGCAUGCACUUGGUGUGAAUUUCUAGUAAUAUUAAAUACAAAUGAGGUUUGUUUUGAAGCUCCAUUUGAAUAAUCCGGCAUCAAUUAGGCUGGCAAUUAUUUGUUUUUGUUUUUAUUUUUUAUUUUUCUGUUUCCCCAUACAUUUAAAAGUAUGGUAUUUGAUUGUGUAUGUUUAUUCAUUUAACCUUUUACUGUCAUAAAAUACAUUUGUGUCAAAUUUAACCCCCCAAAACAAAUAUUUUAACAACAAUAAAUAUGUACUCUAUUGUCA